AUGGAAGACAAUUUUUUUCUUGAUAAUUCUAUAUGGGAAUGUUUUCUUCAAAAACUAAUUGAAAAGACUGAUGAUUUUAAAUAUUUUGUUCAAAAAAUAGCUGGAGUAUCAGCUAAUGAAGUUAAAGUAUAUCAAGGCAAUAAUCGUACUGAUAUUAUUGUGAAAUAUAUCGAUUCAAAACAGGAAAAACAUUUUAUUUAUCUUAUUUAUGAUAAUGUAGAAAUAAGUGUUAAAUUUGGAUUCCUUCUUAGAAAAGCUUUUC